UCCCCCAACUCCAAUAACAUUUCUUCUUCUUCUUCUUCUUCUUCUUCUUGCCCUUUAAACAUUAUUUAUUUAUUUAUUUAUUUAUUAUUUUUUAUGCUUCUUAUCAGUUAGUUAAGUUUAGUUCCUAAUAAAUCCAUUUUCCUCUAUAUUUGAAACACUUGUUUUCUUUCUCCUCUUUAAUUAUUACCAAUUAUGGCUCAAUUGCCCCCAAAAAUACCCUCUUUCCCUCAAAAUUGGCCUCAUUUUCCUCCUCCUAACUCAAUGCCCAAUUUAACUCCUCCUCCUCCGCCGCCCUCCUCCUCCCCCACCACCCACCAACCCAACUCUUCUUGGCUCGAUGAUUUCCUCGACUUCUCCACCGCCCGUCGCGGCCUUCACCGGAGAUCCAUUAGCGACUCCAUUGCCUUCCUCGAAACCCCUUUUUCCGAUCAAUGUCGCAACUCAUCCCCCGCCCUUCUUCAUCCUCCUCCUCCCUUUGACCGCCUUGACGAUGACCAGCUCAUGUCCAUGUUUUCCGAUGACAUUUCCAUCCCUCUCCCUGCUUCCCCUUCCAAUCCUUCCACCCCUUCCGAUCAAAAUAGUAACAACGAUGACAAAAACCCCACCGAUGACCCCAUGCUUUCGCCGCCCCCACCGACUCUUCCGCCGCAUCAGUUGAAGAAUGAACCCGCCGACGUCGAAAUUAGCUCCGGCUGCCAACUCCUGCACCAAUCUCAACCUCCGCCACCUUCCUCCGCCGGUGAUAACUCCAUUGAUCCCAAGCGAGUUAAGAGAAUUUUGGCAAAUCGACAAUCAGCACAAAGGUCGAGAGUGAGAAAAUUGCAAUACAUUUCUGAGCUCGAGAGAAGUGUAACCACAUUACAGACUGAAGUAUCAGCAUUGUCCCCAAGAGUGGCAUUUUUAGACCACCAAAGAUUGAUUCUAAAUGUUGAUAAUAGUGCUCUCAAGCAGAGAAUUGCAGCAUUGGCCCAAGAUAAGAUUUUCAAAGAUGCUCAUCAAGAGGCAUUAAAGAAGGAAAUAGAGAGAUUGAGGCAAGUUUACCACCAACAAAGUUUGAAGAAAAUGAGCAGUAAUCAAAAUGGGGCGGCGCAACCGCAACCACCGUCGUCCGGAGAAGGUACUCCGCUGCAAGUGGCUGAGACGGAGAAGGAGCAGGCUGUAAGUUGACCGUGAAAAAAUGAAUGAAUGAAUUGCUAACAAAAUGAACUUUCUUCACGUGAUUUGCUUCCAAUUCCCACUUGGAUGUUUAUGUGGUGGGACCACACUUGACAGCUCGACAAUCAAUGGUCAGCAUCUUGACACGUGGAUGGAUUGAUUUAGGAGGGUGAUUAUGAAAAAGAAAAACAACAAAUUGUUUUUCUUUCUUUUUUCUUUUCAAUUUUUUUAACAGUAAUGGAAAAGAAGAUAACUAUCAGUCUGGAUCUGUUGGGGUAACGAAUCUGGGUUUCUUUUUCUGUCUUUUUUUUUUCAAGAUAAAUUUUUUAUUAAAAAUUGGGGUUUUUUUAAGGGUGGAUUUAUUAAUUGGAUUAAUUAAUGUAUUGAAGCAGAUGUUGUCAGGAAUUGAUGGUCUAAUUGUUUGAAUAUUUUCUUA